CGCAUUUUGUGUGCGCAUGGGCAGUUGCUCUCGAGGUCUUUCGGUCCCACUCUCAACAACCGGCAUCUUUGCACUACAACAUCUUAUCACUGGAGCGUCAACGCCUGGGGGUGUUCGGCAAAAUAAGGAAGGGUGGCCGAAUCACGACAUGAGCAGAUCGACUGAAUUUCGAUGGAGUCUUUGAAUGCCGUAGAGCUCUGUGAAUUGGGGGAUGGGGACAAGCGCCCUGCCCACGAGGCCACUACAACUCCGCGACAAGCUACCCAGUCAAGACCUCGGACAGUAGCUAGCGCUGGAAUCGAGAAUGCGUCAUAUCAGGACGAGGAGCACGACACGAGGUUCAGUCACCAGGGAGCAGACAGCUCGAGUGUUCAUCGGUCCACGUCUAAUGACAGGGGCUAUCAGUCACAACCCCAGCCUUUCCAGCGAGAUGAGCUGUCACACCGCUCUGAGGAGGGCCAUGAGACUGACUUUAACGACCAUUCUGUCGACUACGGGUUCAUAUUUGCCAUGGUGUUCUUGGUGAGUGGAAUUGUACUGGUGGUCAUUGCCUACACCAUUCCCCGAGAGGCUAAGGUCAACCCAGAUCUUGUGUCAGCCCGUCAGAUGGAGAAACUGGAGAUGUACUACACACAACUGGGCUCACACCUCGACAAGUGUAUCAUAGCAGGCCUGGGACUGUUAACUCUAGGGGGAAUGCUCUUGUCCAUCUUGCUAAUGGUGUCCAUAUGCAAAGGUGAGCUGUACCGCCGGAGGACUUUUGUCCAACCCAGGAAAACGUACGGGUCGAUUCACCUGCGGAUGAGACAGUUGGGCGAGGGGGGAGAAUCUCUGUUUGAAUGUGAACUUAGCCACACUGGCACCACAGCUCUAACCACUGGGCCAACAGAUGGAACACAGGUGCCCAGUGGGACCCAACAGGAGUAGCACAAUAUGAACACAUUUCUAUCCACAGACUAUGUCAAGGGUUGUAAUCAUUGCUUGAGGGGCUUUGUAAAAAAAAUAAAAAAAAGUGAAGCCAGCAAGGGAAGCCGAAUGUGGUUAAGACUACAUAAGAGCACAUUUGGAAAUACACAUAAUGUAUUGUUAGAUGUAGGAUCAAAUCAGAGACUGAAAUAGAUAGGGUAUGAAAAGCAUAAUGGGGACCCUUGAGGAACCCAUAGUAUAGGCUAACUUGACGUGCUGCAAAAAUAUUGCUAUCAGCUUCUUUUCCAAGACAUGAAUAUACAGUAUGUCUGGAUAAUAUAUCACAUUAAUGAUCAAAACAUGUACAAUAUGUAUAGGCCUAGAAAUGUUAUUAUUUACAUUACAUUUGAGUCAUAUAGCAGACGUGCUUAUCCAGAGCGACAUACAGU